GGCGGGAGAGAGAGGACAGUGCGGCCAGGGCAAGCGAACGGAGCGGACCUGCGUUAAGAUGUCGGCUCAGGGGAUGUCGGUGGAGCAGCUGCUGGAGUGGCUGAGGAGAGAGGCGGAGGUGCGGGGGCCUGGCUGGCUGCAGGAGCAGGUGGGUGCGUGCGGAGUUUUGCCUGCUCCUGUGGCUACCCCUCUUGAACGGGCGGCACGGCCGCGGCGGGGUCACCCACCGGCGCGCCUCAGCCCUGAAAGCACCCCCCGGGCCCGGCGCCGAGUCGGGAGCCCCUCUGCGGACCCUCCGCGGCGGAGGGCGGCCGCUCGGCCUGCAGUGAGUCGCCCUCGCCGCGGGAGGAAUCCCACUACACGGCGGGGCCCUGAGAGGAGCGGGACGCCCCCUCCCCCGCUCCCGGCGGCGGUCUUCAUGGAUGCGGGACCAGGAACGGUGGUCCGGCCUGGGCCUUCUUACAGCGGGCGGUCCACUCGGCGGCAGGAUGAGUUCCAGGUGCUUCGGGCUGCAUGGGAUGGAGGGGAUUCCCCGUGCAGGCCCAGAGAAGAUCGAGGCGGUGAGGUAGAGGGUCCCCUCGUCGACACGGACGCCGCGGUUCCGGCCCGGGGGCCUUCCAGUGUGGUCCAGAGGGUCGUCCAGGUGGUCCAGGAGGAGCAGCCGUCGACGUCUGGGAGCUACGCCAGUGAAGUGUCGGUGCGGCGGGAGUCUGGAUCAGCGGCAGCGGGAGUCACAGCGCCCGUGGUGCCUGUGGGAGCGGUUCCGGCUUCUAGCGCCAGAAGCGGAGGAGGAGGGUCUGGAGUGUCCGCCGUGGCUCUGGGGGAUCCUGGAGGAGAAGUGAUGGGGUUGUUGAGGGAUUCGCUGAGUCCGGGUACUUGGAAGGAGUAUGGUAAGGCGUGGACGACCUGGGAGUAUGAUAUCCUGGCUUUUGUCUAUCAAACAGAAACCACUCUCCCUCGCAUAAUGGAUUUGGUUGGUUCUUUCUCUGUGCCGUCUGGUUUAGAGAUCAAUUGGGGGAAGACCGUUCUCCUUCCCAUAGACGAGCUGCGAGAUUGUAGCAAUUGGUUGGCCCUGGUUGAUAAAGUGAAAAACUACGAGAGGAUCCUGUAUAAACAAAGAGGAUCCUAUUUAAAGUGGGGCAAACUGUGGGAAGACUGGGACAUGGUCAAGUAA